UUGACCAGAAUUCAGCGCGGCCUAAACACAGAAUCUGAUUGGCUGGUUGGGAACUCGUUUCAGGAAGUUCUCAAUACGUUUGCCGACUGAAAAUCGUCCUCAUGACAACCUGCUCCUGAGAUCCUCAGCUGCUGACUCAUGGCUGGCAGAAGAGUCGUGGUCUUCCCCUCCUCGGUGGAGCUUGGACCAGUGCUGGCCCAUCUGGUGACAUCUCGAGCAGAGAAAGCCAUCGUCUCUCACGGCAGGUUCACUUUGGGCCUCUCUGGAGGAAGUCUAGUCUCCAUGCUCAGCAAAGAGCUGCUCGCCAUGCCAGACUUGGACUGCAGCAAGUGGGUGGUUGGUUUCUGUGACGAGCGAUUGGUUUCCUUUGAUGAUCCUGAGAGCACCUAUGGGCUCUACAAGAGUCAGUUGUUUUCCAAGGUCAACAUCCCGGACAGUGGGAUCUUAACCAUCGACCCCUCUCUGUCUGUCAACGAGUGUGCUGAGGACUAUACCUGCAAACUGAAGAAGGCCUUCCCAGAUGAUGAUUUCCCUGUGUUUGACUUGUUACUGCUGGGUAUGGGACCAGAUGGACACACCUGUUCCCUCUUCCCAGAGCACCCUCUUCUGGAGGAAACCAAGAAGAUUGUGGCCCCCAUCAGCGACUCUCCCAAACCACCGCCCCAGCGUGUAACUAUGACUUUUCCAGUGGUGAACUCUGCACGCUCUGUGGCUUUCGUGUCAACCGGAGGAAGCAAAGCAGCUGUUUUGAAGGAAGUGCUAGAGGGUAGAGAGGGUCCAGCUUUACCAGCGGCACGUGUUGUCCCGACUAACGGCGAGCUGUUCUGGCUUGUUGAUGAACCCGCAGCUGCUUCCUUAACUAUCCAGGUAGAGAGGCUAGUCUCAGGGGCCAAACUGUAGAGCUUUCUAUCUGAACACUGGUGUCCGAGCAGGAAUGAAGAGACAGUUUAAACAUAUGAGAUAAAAGAUAUAAAAACAUUGAGGCAGUAGUAUAUUUAGCACUUUUUGGUGGUUGGAGUGUUUCCCAGAGGUUUAGUUUUAUUCAAGAGAAAAGAAAUGAUCAGAGAUUGUUUCUACUGGGUCCAUUAACCUUACUGUAAAAUGUGUGUUCUCCUCACACCCACAUUCCUUCAGUACUUACACUAACACUUUUCAUUAGAAAAUAAAACGAUCUGUUAAUCAAA